UGAGUGUUUUUUAAACAGUGAUGAUUUGUCGAUAGUGGAUCUCAGCGUAGGAUAAGUUUGAGUUUGAAUUCCUGUAUUCACCGAAGGAUUAUGGGCGAAGCUAACCCGGUUGCCUGCUGUAUCGCUCUCUAUCUAGGGGUUAGCCUGCUGUAGUGUUAGCGCUGUCGGUCCUCUCGGCUAGCCAGCGUUAUCGCGUUGCUACUACUAGCUGUGUCGGACUAAAGUGCCUAAAUAUUCUAUUGGAUUAUCCUACUCGGUCACUACACUCUCGGUGUGCUGGCUGACCAGUCUGAUUGGUUUUCGCUCUCGUCACUGAUGUGAACUGGGUUCAAAUAGCUUGUCUGUGCUCUUGAUAGCCCUGUUAGCCUGCUUCAUAGCCCUCUAUGCUGGUGAGACUGCUGGUAUCUGACUACCUGUACCCGGGGUAAGGUUAAACCAGGGAGCUAACGUUAAGCUAGCUAGCGCAAAGUGUUGAGCCUUUUAAAGAGAAGAUUUCCCAGUUGGUUUCCAGACAAAUGCGCAUAUUUUUACGCUUUCACUUUUUCGUACAUGUUUUGUGGUCAGGACAUAAUUAUUUAUGUUUUAAAAUAAUGUGACACAAAAUGCGUAAUAUUGAAUGUGUUUUAGCUUGUUUCAAGCGCUUUGGUAUUUGGUGUAUCGGAACAGGCACGUUGACGUUACCUGUGUGUUUAACGUUAACUCACGGGGAAAGCUGCGGUUGUAAUCCCCGCCGUGCCCUCACCAAGUCGGUGUGUGUGUGUGUUUGUGUAACGCUGGCUCGAGGUGCCUUCCCAGACCAGACUGUAGACAGUGAAUGUCAUUAUCAGCGCUGUCUGCAUACCAGUGCCGUCGUGGCGAGCCAACAGGAGAGGCGAGGAAGUGGAUAAGAACAUAGAAAACUUCAGUCUCCAUCAUGCAUGUGUCUAACUACCAGAAGAUUUGUGUCAUUUGAAAAGACUUCAGAAAAAGACUACAAAUAGGGGAACUCAGUCAAUAGACAGAAACAACAAUAACCCAGUGCUUAGACAUGGCCGGCACCCAGACCAGUUUGAAAACCCCUUUCAAAGACUUCACCUCAUUCAAGGGCAACAUGAAACGGCUGUAUAGAGAGCGACUUGAAGACGCGCCCAUUAAGAAGCGAGUCAUGGCGGAGAUCAACCUGAAGCGUCGCAGCUUGGAUUCCUUCCCCAAAACUCCCAAGGUAAAGAGGGAGCAGAUCGAGGAUCUGUGCCAUGACUCUGACAUGGAUGUGGAGGGCCGAGCUGAACUGCACAUGGUGAGCUCUGCUAAAGCCCUGGACCUAAGCCCUGGGCUCAAACACACACUGGCCCAGUUCACCCUCAGUAGCCAGAGCUCCCUCGGGGGCCCAGCUGCCUUCUCAGCCCGAACCAGCCAUGAGCAUUCCCCGUCAGGCAUGCCCCCCCUACCCUCCCCUCCUGUUCUGGGAGGGGGCCCUCUGCUGGUUCCCUGUGACAGCUCUACUGAACUCACCCACUCGCUGCUGGAAGGAGAGUCUAUCUCCUGCUUCAUCGUUGGGGGAGAGAAGCGGCUUUGCCUGCCCCAGGUGCUCAACUCCGUGCUCCGCGACUUCUCGCUGCAGCAGAUAAACACCGUGUGCGACGAGCUUUACGUCUACUGCUCGCGUUGCGACGCUGAGCAGCUCCACAUCCUCAAGGUGCUGGGCAUUCUGCCGUUCAACGCACCUUCCUGUGGCCUCAUUACACUGACGGAUGCGCAGCGGUUGUGCAACGCUCUGCUGCGUCCCGGGGCAGCCUUGCCUGCCGACCCCAGUGGUAAGCUGUCGACCCAGGGCCUGCUGAAGGAGAGUGAAGCCAGUUUCCAGGUGGAGCACCAGUGUUUGGGGAAGUGCCAUGGUCUCUUCGUGCCACAGUUCUACACCCAGCCUGAGGCGCCCUGCAUCCAGUGCGUUGAGUGCCAGUUGCUCUUUUCACCACAGAAGUUUGUCAUGCAUUCACACAAGUCACCCGAUAAGAGGACCUGCCACUGGGGCUUUGACUCAGCCAAGUGGCCCUGCUACCUGCAGCUUGCCAGGAAGUACCAAGGCAUGCCUGAGGAGCCAAAGCUCAAGCAGCUCCUCAACGAGGUCAAAGAGAAGUUCCACUACCAGCUCAAGAGGUCGCUAGACAAAAAGGCAGUAGAGGAAGAGGAGAGCCAGGUGAGGAAACCCUCAGCAGAUCUCUGCUCCCCCAGCAGCAAGCUGCCCAAUGCCGACCCUGCAAGAAAGGGGAAAACAUCUCAUCCCACUCUGAUGUUUAACCGUCUUUUCUCUGACAUCAAGGAGGAGCCAGGACACCCCACCCUGGUCCAUCCCAGUUACUACCUGUACACAUAUGAUAAGAUGGUGGCUCCCAACGUGUCUCUGGGCAGGGAGGCGGAGAUGAGCCCCGAGAUGUUCGGAGCGCUGCUCAAACACCACUAUAGCCGCAGAGUGCUGGGCCACGACGAGCCACCCAUGGAUCUUCAUGCGUCGCCUCCCGUUGCUGCUGGCGCCGAGGAGGCCAAAUCCCAACAUGCCGCUGCUGCCUCAGCCACUGAGAGGGAAUGCCAAGCCCAGGCAGUUUCCAUGGAGACAAGCAACCCGAGCUGCAAUAAAGCCGCCCACACCCCCCUUCCUUCUAUUGCGUCGUCGUUGUCGCCGGUAACGGAAGUGGUGGCUAAGGACACAGGCUCUGCCACGAGCAGCGCUGCAGCAGCAGUGGUGGUGGGGGGGCUGGAGGACGACAAGGACAGGAUUGUUGUGGAGAUCAUGCAGAUGUACAGCAGGCAGCAGGAGAAGCUCAACUCCACCCUGCACAAGCAGCUUCAGCUGGAAAUGGAGCUGGAGGCGGUGCGCGGGGGCGAGGCGGCAAGGCUACGGGAGCUGAGCGCCGAACAGCGGGAGCUGCGUAGCGAGCUGGAGGCGGUGCACAGCGAGCAGGCGCGGCAGCUCAGCCAGGCCCGCCAGGAACAGCUGGAGCUGGAGACGCGUCUGGAGCAGCUCCAACAGCAGGCCUGCGCCUGCGAGCCAGGGACACAACUCCAGCAAGAGGCCCACUACACUGCACAGUUGUCGGAGCUGCGUCAGAGGCUGGAGCGGGCGGAGGCGGACCGGCAGGAGCUGCAGGAGGAGCUGCGCAGGGAGCGUGAGGCGCGGGAAAAGCUGGAGCGCACAAUCACCCAGCUCAAGCAGCAGAUGGUCCAGUCUGCCACGGUGGGAGGCAGCCCCUCUCCUCCUCUUACCCCUUCAACUGGACCCCCUAAUGCCCACUCCCCGCACUCCUCCUUCUCAGAGGCCCCAGCGGCUGGCCAAAAGUAACUGCCACCCCCCUCAGGCGCCUCCCUCAUUCCUCUCCCCAUGACCCGCCAACUCUACAGACACAAACACAUUUCUUUUGCUCCACUCUCCUCUCUUUAAACAAUAUUUAAAGAUUUUUGGGCAUGUAUGUUUGAUUUAAUU